GUGGAGGAGAAGGUGGUGCAUGUUGGCUUGCGGGUGCAGUUUGCGUUCUCUCAAGCAUUGGAAGCGGAGUUGGCACUUCUACAUAGCAAGUUGCCUUGUCGUCAGAUAUUUCAACACCGAACUCAUCGAGUCGCGUAUCGCCAAUUUGAAUCCAAGCAGUGAUACCUCCCAAAGAAGGCAUGCCAAGAGACCUUCGAGACUGCGUGUACGGCAAUGUCAGAUCAGGGUCGAUCGAUCCGAAUACUAGGCGCAGAGCGUUCCAGAUACGCUUGUUUGGCUGUGUUGUCCACCUAACAAAAUCGCGUCGGUUCAAACAUGACCUUUCAGCUCGUCGACGCAGGCAAACUCCCGAUCGAUCCGCCGGUGCCCUUGAUUCGCACAGACGAAGAUGUUUCUCGUUGGCACCGAUCCAAGAGUUACCAAGAAUAUCUCUUGUUCAUCCAGAUCUUAAAUGAAGCUGUCGUUGGGCAGGAUCUUCCCGAUUCAUCCCCCAGCAGUCAUGCUGUAUCGGCCAUUAUACAAUUAUUAGAUAAAGUCGAGCAAUGGGUGGAGGACAUUCCCCCUCUGCCAACUCCCCAACGAUUCGGCAACCUUGCCUUCAGAGAUUGGGGACGUCGCUUAGAAGAGAGGGCCCCCCAGUUACUCUCUGACACCCUCCCCGCGGAGUUGCACUCUGCAAUACCUCACUUGGUCCCCUAUCUCUUGACUUCAUUCGGCUCGUUCGGACGAGUAGACUAUGGAAGUGGACACGAGCUGUCCUUCGUUCUCUUUCUCCUUGGCCUCACGUUGUUGGGAUUCUUUCGCGUAUCUAGGGUUGCUCUUGGAGCUGCAAACUCGAGUUCAGGCUCCGGGAAUGAUCCGACGCCAGGAGACGAGCGUGCGCUUGUCCUUCAGGUCUUUCGACGCUAUUUGCUUGUUGCUUGGAAACUGCAAGAUGUCUAUCAGCUCGAGCCUGCCGGUAGCCACGGUGUCUGGGGAUUGGACGACUAUCAAUUCCUACCUUUCUAUUGGGGUAGCGCACAGAUACGAGGUCAAAAAGAUGUCUCACCGACGAUCAUUUUGAAUCCCACACUUCCCCCAACUAAUCUAUACAAUCUCGGCAUCGAUCGAAUCCGCCAGCUCAAGCAAGGUCCUUUCCACGAGCACUCACCGCAGCUGUACUCCAUUGCUGUAGGUGUGCAAGGUUGGCGCAAAGUGAAUACCGGAAUGUUCAAAAUGUAUGUUGCGGAAGUGCUCUCGAAGCGGGUCGUCGUGCAGCAUGUUCCCCUCGGCGGUUUGUUGAGCUGGGAC